AUGACAAUGAACAACCUGACCCUCGAUCGCAAACCUGAGGUUCUAGCAAACAUCCGCCAGUCCAUCGCCGAUUUUUUUAAUCGCUGCGGCUUGCAAUAUAAGAAUACCACACUUGACCAAGUGUGGUACUCCAAAUGCUGUCAGGAGGCCAUCAACCGCGGCUAUCCAAUGGACGCCAUCCUCCCAUACAUGCCCGCUGGCGUGGCCAUGAUGUCCAACACUUUCAACCACCUCCAGGACAAUGCAACCAGGAUGUGGAUCUGCCUUCUCACCGCCGUAGGCAUGUGCGUCGACGACAUGAUGAUCAGGGCAGAAGAUCUGGUGCACGUGUACAGUUUCAACGAGCGGUUCGUGAAUUGCCAGCCGCAGGAGCAUCCAGUUCUGAAUGCGCUUGAUGGGAUUUUUCGGGAGGUCGUUUGCCAUUAUUCUGCACCGGUGUCAAAUUUGAUGACCACAUCCAUGCUCAACUUCAUGUCUUCCGUUUUACUUGACAAUGAGACGAAAGAUAUGCCGAUCUCUCUGCAGACUCCCUCAUACCCCGAGUAUUCUAGGCUACUAUCGGGCUUGGCAGAUGCGUAUGCAUUCUUCAUUUUCCCUCCCACACUCCCGCUUCGGGAAUACGUUCAAUGUAUGCCAGAUCUAAUCAUAGUCGUAAACCACACAAAUGAUAUAUUGUCAUACUACAAAGAGGAGAUCGAUGGCGACUCCGUAAACUACGUGUCGCUCAUAGCGGCCUCCCGUGCUCUCACCAAACAGGACACACUCCGUGAACUCAUUGAGAAAACUGUGCAAGCACAUCACAAUAUCCUCGAAUUCCUGAGACUGCGUCCUGAGGCAUAUGACGCCUAUGUUGCAUUUUUCGAUGGGUAUUUCAAAUACCAUACUACCUCGAGAAGGUACAGGCUGGAGGAGAUUAUGUCGGAGAGGUCAUCUUCUUGA